AUGGUGUUUCAUAAGAAGUGGUGCCAGCACAGCAACCUCAACAAGACCGCUGGCCUGAAGUCCACAAACUGUCCAGCAUUUGUGGACAUCAAGAUCAAGGCUGUGGCAAAGGAAACAAAAAGAAAUGAUUCAUACCUGAAGAGGGAGCAUCCUUUGUGUGCCAUCAUUAAGCUAAAGGAGGACCACAACCAUAAUCUGAACUGUGCUGAUGGACUGCGCCUUCUACGAAACUCUGCUGACACACGGGCCACUUUCCACAGCUAUUUUAAAGAUGGCCUUGCACCUGCAGAGUCUCUUCAGCUUCACCAGCAGAAACUUGCUGUCGAAGAUGAUGGUGUCCAGCAACUGGCAAAUAGUGCACUCAAUCCAUCUGCUAACACUGUGUACCACUGGUUUAGGAUGUGGCGCAAAGAUCACUAUGGUGAUGAAGUGGAUCCACUCAGCAAGCUGGAGGAAAAGGCGCCAUUGUAUCAUCAAAAUGGGGUCAAUGUUAGCACGACCAAGUCAAAGGAUGGCAACUGCUGGGCGGUGUUGGUUAUUACAAGGAUCAUGCAGCGGACGCAAGGCUUGGAAGCUGCAAGCGAGAUCAUCUUUUUGCACUCAACAGCUUCCUGUGACGAGUCACAGGCUACCGUUACAGUAGUGCUCACAGCUACUCCAGUCGGUGCUAUACCGAUUGCUGUGCUUAUGCACAAUUCCCAGACAACGGAAAGCUACAAGACAGCAUUGGCCUCUUGAAACAGAAAUAUCCAUUCUGUUUUGGUGGCUUACAUGUAAACCCCACAGUCAUUCAUGACCGACAAUUCAGCGGCAGAAAAAGCAGCUCUGAAAGCAACGUGGCCUCAAGCAAGUCAACUUUUCUGCCAUUUCCACGUGGCCCAGGCGGAAUGGCGGUGGCUGCAUGCAUCAAGCAGCAGCAUCAGUCGUGACGAGAGGCGGGAACUAAUGACUGCAUCCCAGAAGGUGUGUAAAAAUGGUGCGCAGUGCUAUGAUGUGGAUUAGCUCAACUUUGCUUGCAACACUGCUUCAGUGGCUACUGUAUUACACAAAAGGUUGUGUGUUUGAACCCAAAAUUGCAGCCCCUUGAUAGGAGCAAAAUGCAAAAAUACUCGUGCAAGGGAUAACCUUUUAGCACUCACUACAAGGCUCUAGGUGGUCAAAUUUUAUCCAGGAUU